AUGUCUGGAUAUUUCCUCAUCGGCCUGGCUAUCCUCGCGGCCUAUCUCUACCGUCUUGCCUAUCCUUGGCCCUACAAAGGCAUUCCCUACAACAGGCGGUCCGCCCGACGUCUCCUAGGAGAUAUCCCCGAUCUCAUCCAGUUCGUCAAGGAGGGAAACGACUCGGACCAGUUUGCCCUCGAGCAAUGCCGCAAGCUCAACUCGCCCAUUGUCCAGCUCUUCUUUUGGCCGUUUUGCCGCCCGUUGAUCUUUGUCGAGGACAUCCAGCAAGUUGAAAGCAUUGUGUGCUCCCGCGGCGGAGAAUUCGACCGAGCGCCCUCGACCAUCACCGCCUUCAGGCCCUUUGUGCCGACGUCGAGCAUUCUGAAACUCACGACGCCCGAGUGGCGCGCGCAGAGACGCCUCUGGAAGGAUGCCAUGAGCGGCGACUUCUUGCGCCGGGUGGUGGCGCGAAGGAUGUACCAUACCUCGCUGGAGCUGAUGCACCUGCUCAAGACCAAGGCGGUAAUUGCCGACGGACGACCGUUUCCCGUCAUGGCCGACUUCGAGCUGGCCACGCUGGAUGUGAUUUGGUCUUGCUUCCUAGGGUCGGAGCUGAAGGGCGUCCUGAACGAGACGCGGGGGAUCGAGAGAGCCGCCGGCGAGACUAGACAGCCUGAAGCCAAGGACGAGCCAGCUGAGAUCCCUGCCGUAUCGAGACUGGACGUGUACCGAGCUAUCGACUACUUCAACAUGACGCUGGAGAAGACUUUGUCGUCGCCGGUGCCCCGGUGGCAUCAUUGGCUCCUCAGGCAGAUGCCGAUGUAUCGGAAACACUGGGCCAUUAAAGAGGAGGCCAUCAACCAGCUGAUAGAGGCUGCCAGAGAUGGCACUUCCCGUUCCUCCGAGGCAGGCUCCGAGAGAAACGAGCAUGUUUGCGCUUUAGACGUCAUGUUCCAGCGACAGCGACAGCAGAUGUUGGCUAACGGGCAGAAAGAAACCGCACACUUGGUGCCACAGACACACGAGGAAAUACACGACGAGCUGCUCAUGUUUGUCAUUACAGGCCACGAAUCUACCGCAACAACGCUCUCCUGGUCCGUAAAGUUCCUCACAAACUGGCCCGAGGAGCAGGCAAAGCUCCGCGACGCCCUCCGCGGCGCCUUGCCGAGCAGAAACCCCAGCGUGGAGGAAAUCCUGCGGUCCAAUGUGCCCUACCUGGACGCCCUGCUGGAGGAAUGCAUCCGACUAGCCAACGUGGUGCCGCGCAUCGUGCGAGUCGCCACGGUCGACACACAGCUAUCAGGCCUCCCCAUCCCCAAGGGCGCGCAACUCAUGUGCAGAUCCCAGUCGGCUGGGUGGCCCGGGGCGGCAAAGGACGCCCACGGCGGUGCGGCGCUGGACGAGUUCUGGCCCGACAGAUGGCUCGACCAGGCGGGAAAUUUCAACCCGGCGGCCUUGCCAAAGCUGGGCUUCAGCGCUGGGCCACGGGCGUGUUUCGGGAAGGCGUUUGCUAUGCAAGAGCUGCGAGUCAUGUUGACCAUGUUGAUUCUGCGUUUCAGGCUGGAGGCUGUUCCUGAGGGCUUGAAUAGCAUGCAGUCUCGGCCGAGGGCGCUGAGGGCGCCGAGAUGUGCAUAUGUGCGGCUGACGCCGUUGUAG